AUGAGAAAGAUAUACUCCAAGGCAAAAACGAACAUAAUUCAGCUGGGGCACGUUGAUACUAACACAGCAAGACGAGCUCUAAGAAGUAUCGAUGCGGUUGUCAAAGAGAUCGACGAGGAGACUGCCGGAUCGAGGGGUCUGCGCUCUGCAUUGUACCGUGGCGGUGAGAUAGUUCACAUGGAAGAGCCUUUGCGAGCAGCAAUUGAUGUCGAAGCUCUUGCGGCGCUCCUGUCUUCGCGGUGGUUCAAUCGACUUUGGGUCAUGCAAGAAGCCGUCUCUGCACAGCACAAUGUGUGUUACUUCGGAGAUCUGACUUUCGACCUUAUGGAUCUACUGAGACCUUGUAUUUGGAUGACUUUCAAACGGCAGAGUUGUCCUUCGCAGAUCCGUGGGGCCAUUGAACUCCGGAUUUGCGGCAAACUGUGGCCCUACGUCGAUCGGGAGCACGGCACUUAUAGAAAGCGAAAGGGUAGCUCUGUCAGCUCUGCGCUUGACUUUGACAGAGGCCUGGAAGUUACUGAUCCUAGAGACACGGUCUUUGCUGUUCUUGGGCUCAUGGAGUGCGGCCAAGCUGGAGAUUUACCAUAUCUGCUGAUGCCAGAUUAUGGCAAACAGUUGUUGGAAGUUUAUCGAAAUGCCACUGUGUGUGCGGUGCAUGAAAAAGGCAUUGGAGCCAUGCUCAGCCGAGUACACCAAUGGACAGAAGACGAUAUACAAGACGAAUCUUGGCCCUCGUGGGUUCCUAGAUUGGACAGACCACGGAACGCUAAUAUGGAGGCCUCUUCUCUUACCGAUUUGUUCGCACCAGAUUCUGGUUUGCAGCAGGCUGCUAUUCCACCCACUUCAACAGGAAAGGCGGAUACUUUGUCAGUCUCGGGCAUUGUUGCUGGCACAGUCCGGGAAUGCACGUCGACUUUUAUUAACGGCAGUGGCUUGACGUCGCGCCAGGCCUGGCUCCAAGAAGCCGAGCAGGUCGCCUCACGCAUCGCUUGCGAUCGAGAAACGAUUGCUCACACGGUCAUCGCAGGGGCCAAAGCCUACUUCCACCUCGACGAGUUACCUGGUGACUUCGACAUCUGGUGGUCGCGUGUUUUCGAGGGCGCAGAGAUAUCGCAGGAUGUUCGCAGCCUACCACCGAACGCUUCAAAGGACGACAGAAGCGCUGCAAAGUUUGAGCUGGCUUUCACCUAUGCAGCUAACGUGCGUCGAUUUUUCUCGACCUGCGACGGGAAGAUUGGUCUCGGUCCAAGCAUACUAAAGGCUUCUGAUCAAGUCGUUGUACUGCAUGGAGGCAAGACUCCAUUUAUCCUGCGUUCAAUCGAGUCUGGAUACAAAGUACUUGGCCAGUGUUAUGUUCAUGGCAUCAUGCAAGGCGAAGCUGUUCAAGAGCAGCGGUCGAAGGACAACCCGAGCGUUCGCUUUGACUUACGAUGA